AUGCACAUGGUUCUUUUCACAAACACCGUUCAAGGCGCUUCUCCCUCUUCAACAUCAAGCAACUUUGCUCCGGCGACGAAAACAUCGAGGAAGGGCCCGCGCCUACCAAAGGCUGUCAAGAAAGUCCUGCAGAAGGCGCACAAGAAUCUCGAAGCGGCGACUAACCCAUUUACUUCUGAUGAAAAAAUGGCAGAGCUGUUCAAGGAGGCUGAAAUCAACGAAGAUAAAGGCCCGAAAAGUGCAUCGAAGAAAAAGCAGAAGCAAGGAAAGACACCGAACAACACCCGCAAGACAAAGAAGCCGACACGCCUCUAA